CCGUUGCGCUGGCCGCCGCCGCCGACAAUUAGCAGCGAAAUACCAUACGCGAUUGCGUUUGCCAGCAAUGAUCGGCGGCAGUGUGCCAGUCGUACGUGGUGCGCGUGCCGAUCGCUACGUUUCUGUGCGUGUGCGUUCCGAGAACUCCCUCCGCUGCCGUCGUUACGCGGCCUUGGCGGAUUCUCGUACCAGCGGCACAGGUAAUAACAACCGAACGCGGUGACAACGCACGUCGGAGGUACAUCGCUCAGCGCCGGACUCGACGCGCGUCCACCCUACCGCCGCCGUGCGCUGUUUGUCGUCCGUCGACCACGAUGGUCUGAUACGAAGUGCGUGUCACCCGACGACGCAAUGAUGCAGACCACCAGGUACACGAAACGGGACUCCGAAGACACCAGUUCACCGGCUCUAGCCCAGAUGGAGAACGAUUACAUCGACGAAGAUGAAGACAAGUACUCCGAGGUCAGCUCGUCUUUGGCUCCCGACGGCUCCCUGGUAUCCACAGUGGCUGACAGGCACGGCUUCUUUGGUGGUACCCAGUACCUGAUGGAAUCGAAACAAUUGAUAUCACCUAACAAAAUCAAAGAACGUGAAAGGAAAUGGCUAAAUAUGACUGCUGAUUGGGAUAAGCAAAUGGUCAAGAAUAUUAAAAAAGUGCAAAACAGAUGUAGAAAAGGUAUACCACAAUCAAUAAGACCUAGAGCAUGGUUAUUCUUGACUAAAGCACAUAAGUUGUUGCAAGCCCAUGAAAAUUAUUAUUUUAUACUAUGUGAUAAACCAGGAGAAAGAAAGUGGAUCGAGGACAUAAGGAAAGAUUUGCAUCGACAGUUUCCUUAUCAUGAGAUGUUUGUCGACCAAGAUGGAACUGGCCAAAAAGAAUUAUUUAAUGUUCUUAAAGCAUAUACAAUAUUGAAACCUGAAGUUGGAUACUGUCAAGCACAAGCACCAAUCGCAGCAUUUCUUUUAAUGCACAUGCCAGCUGAACAAGCAUUUUGGUGUUUUGUGGCUAUUUGUGAUAAUUAUCUUCGUGAUUACUAUAGUCCAGGAAUGGAAACUCUAAUCCAAGAUGGAAACAUACUUUUUGCAUUAUUAAAAAACUAUGAGCCUCAUAUGUAUAAACUUUUGAGAAAACAAAGUAUUGAUCCAAUUAUGUAUAUGACUGAAUGGUUUUUAUGCGCUUUCACAAGAACAUUGCCAUGGCCCACUUUGUUGAGAUUUUGGGAUAUAUUUUUAUUUCAUGGUGUUAAAACAUUAUUUAAAAUGGGUUUAAUAUUGAUUAAAAUAUCAUUACAAGAAAAAUCCUAUUCUAGUCUCAAAAAACGUUUUCCUACAAUGUGUGAAACUCUAGAAGCUUUAAGAAAUCCUCCAUUACAUAUGUUAAAUGAAGAAAAAAUUAUUAAAAAACUUGUACAAUUAGAAAUAUCAGAAAACACAUUUGAAUAUCACCAUCAACAGCAAAUCUUAUUACGACGAAAAUCAAAGGAAACUAAAAAACCUCGAGAAACUGAUGUCUUUUAAAAUUAGAUUGGCUGUUUAUAAAAGUUACCUUAAGAAAAACAGGUUAUUAAUAAUAUAUAUUUCUUAUCUAUACAUAUAUAUAUAUAUAUAUAUAAAGUAUAUUAAAAUGGUCUAUG